AUGCGUCCGUCGGCAGUGCACGGCCCGUUCGCCGGCAGGACCUGGCUGGUCACCAGUGUGCCGCUGCCGCCCAGCCGCGUCAACGUGCUCGCCGGCCUGCGCUCGUUCGAGGCGCGCAUGGCCACGCUGGUACCGGAGCAGCGCGAGCGGCGGGGCCGCCGGCGGCGCCCGGCGCCCCCGCCGCGCGUCUCCAGCCUGCGCCGGAUGCGCGGCACGCAGAGCGAGGCCGACCUCCGCGAGGCGCGCUCUCGGCCCGACUCACCGGCGUCGGCGUACAGCGAGGACCAGGCGCGCUGCUCCACCAUCGCCAGCAUCGACCGCAUCCUGAGCUCGAUGCACAGCCUGCUGGACGGCGGCGCGCGCCGCUCGGCCUCGGCCAGGACGUGCCGGCCGCCGGCGCCGCUGCCGCCUCCCGCCGCGGAGGACGAGGUGCAGUACGACGUGCCGCGCUGGCCGCAGCCGGUGCCGGUCCACGUGCGGGGUCCGUCGGCCCCGGCUGCCCUGCCCUCGCGGCCUGUGGCCGGCCGCCGCUCGCCGCCGGAGGAGGUGGUCUAUGAUACGCCGCGGCCGCGUCAGAAGCGCGUCAGGAGCCCCUCGGCGCGCUCUCGGCGCUCUCCCAGUCCGUCGCAGGGUACGCCGCCGGUACCGGCGCACGGCGGCGCGUCCGAGUCGCCCCGGCCGGCCGUGCCGCGGCGGCUGGACUCGACGGCGCGUCUGCUGGAGGCUCAGCAGAACUGUCACGACUCAUAUCUGGACAACCCGCCCACCCCACCGCCUCGAGACGCGCCUCCGGUCGCCACGAGCAGCCGCGGGGUGAGCCCCUCGCCCAACACGACUCUCGACACGACCCAGGACACCAUCGACAGCAGCUCCUCACUCAGCCCGGCGCCGCCCAUCUCUGCCGUCCUCGAAACGCUUACCAGGGAGGCAGUUAACAACGGGCCGACCUCUCCUGCCGUCCAGAUCCCGAAGCGGCCCGGCCCGGCUCCGGCAGGUGUUGUUACCCCGGCGGAGGGAAAGGAGGACGGACAGCUACCGGUUUCUGUCAGCGAGCGGGCGGAGAAGCUCCGGCAGCAGCUGGCGAUUCGGCAGCCGGCAGCGGACGGCGCGGUGCACUGCUCCCCCGGCGGGUCUGCCCGGGAGGAGGGGCGCCGGCACGGAGACCACUGCGCGGUGAUGUGA